UGGCGGAGAUGCAUCGAGUUCUAAUGAGCGUGAGAGCGAGCCUCCCCCUCUCCAAUUCAAAGCGAAAACAGGCCGACGGGAUUCCAGUGGUUCGGGAAAAACAAGACUGGAUACAAACAUAAAGACUCCUCCGUGUGCCGAGAGUCCGGUGUGGGAUAGUUUUGGGCUACCAGAUGUGUGGAGGACCGGUCAACGUACUCAAAGUUACCCCAAAAACUUGCUCGCUAACACGGAGGCAAAAGCUAAAAGGACACAUCAGUCCUUGCCAGUGUCCCAUCUACUUAUCCUCCAUCUUCAUGAAAAUGAAUCAGUUGGUGCCAAUGCAGAUGUCAGUCACACGCAGUUAAAUGUUAGUACUACUCGAGCAGGUAUUGCUCGGCUGGCCGAAGAGGAAAAAGAAGAAAGUGGCUGCUCAAGGUGUUGGAAGAUGUCUCUCUGGAUGAUACUGCCUGUCAGCCUCCCAGUCCUGACUAUCACUGGGAUAUGGGUUGUGUACGCCAUGGCCCUGUACAAUCAACACGUCUGCCCUGUUGAUAACUGGUUGUACAACCAGUCAUGUGAAGAGGAUCUAUAUUUGCAGAGUGGGCCAACCUUGUGCUGCACACUAGAAAAUGUACCUCUCAUCAGUAAAUGUGGGACUCUUCCCCCUGAGAGCUGCUUCUUCAGCCUUAUCUGCAGCACAGGCUCAUUCAUGGUUACGGUGAUUGUGCUGCUCCGCUAUGCCCAUGUCAUUGAGAAACACCAAAAUUGUGUUCUCAACACGGCGAGUCUCUCCACAGGCUGGAUCUGUGCUGCUGGACUCAUCAUGGUGGGCAACUUUCAGGUGGAUAAUUCCAAAGUUCUCCACUAUGUCGGAGCAGGCAUCGCCUUCCCCACCAGUAUGCUGUUUGUGUGCCUGCAGUCAGCACUGACUUACCGACUCUCCAAGACCCAGGGGGAGUACAACGUGGCCCACCUCCGGCUCUGCAUGACCCUGCUGGCCUUCGUAGCCUUGGUGCUCAGUGGUGUGUUUUUCUGUCAAGAGAGCUUCGCCCUCCAACACGCAUCAGCCAUCUUCGAAUGGGUGUUCUGCGUCGUCAUCAUGCUGUUUUAUGGGACAUUUGCCUUUGAGUUUGGCGGCAUGUCAUCGGAUACCAUGGUGGUGCUGGCUAGAGGGUGCCUAGGACCUGCUGGGAGAGAGCACAAGGUGGACUCACUGGGAGGGCCCAUGCCACACUCACAGCCGCAUCCACACCAACCUGAAAACAUGUCCAUGCUCUAGACUGCUGGCUCAUCUUGGCUACACAGUUGGCUUGUUUAGUCCUUUCAGACUCUAGUUGUCAAAAGAGUUUAUCAUUUCCAUCCACAUUCGUCUGAAGCUUGGAAACGAACCAGGCCGGUGCAGUCGACGCUCAUGGCAGAGUGGAUUCUACGAUUUCAACCUUGGGUGUAGACCUGCUGCCACAGUGGAGAGUUAAGCUAUUGUGCUCACAUCAGAGCUCAGUGUCUCUAAAGAACCUUGUAUGUAUUUUGCACAUUGCACAAGUGUGAAACCAAAUUUUUUUUUAUCCCAACUCAGUCCUGUGACCAGCAGAGGAGUACUUUGUCAAUCAGAUCAAGAAAUGUACUGCCCCCCUGAGAUCCUGUAACGUGUCUUAAUAAGUGGCCUUGGACCAUUUCCCCUUGAGGUGACUGCCAUGAUGCUUUCAAUAUAUGUAAAGAGGUCAAGGCUGCUGGACGGCCACGCUGACAGUAUUAAGACAGAGAAAAGCAGAGAGAGAGAGAGAGAGAGGGAGAGACAUGAUGAGUGCUACAGUGGGAGUGAGGUCAUGCUUAUUUUCUCACAGGAGAAUGGAUGAAUGCAAUAAAUUGAAAGAAAAGGUGUCAAUUUCAGAGUAUAUAAAUGUUUAAGUCAAUCCUGGAGAUGGAACAGGGCAGCGCUCUGCAUUUUGUAAUCAUUCAAACCUGCUUUUAAGCAUUCUUUUUUUCUAUUAACAAAUCAAAUAAUGAAUGAAAAAUAAUUCUUCAUAGUACUGAACCCCUGAGAAUGAUCACUCUACUCUACAUGGAUAGUAGCUGCUUUUAGCAGAUUUUAGUUAUUCAGCCUGCAUAUUCAGUCAAGCGGACUGUAAGCUACUUUCUAGCUAAAGUUAAGAGUGGAUUGGUGACAAUUUGGCAAGCUGGAGACAGAUAUUUUUUUUUUCUCAGGAGUUGGUUAACCAAGGCUAAAAGGAAAGUGAAUAUUGGACUCAUAUUUAUCAGGUGACCAUGAGGAUAAUAAUGUUGCUCUGUGUCUGCUGGAUGUGCAUGUAGGCAUAGACCUGUGCCCCAAACAAUUUAUGUCAGUUUGGGUUUUUGGUAAAGAAAUUGCUUAAUGCAGCGAUUUAACAAAAAACAAAAUCACACUAUAAACUUUUUGGGGAUAAGAAACUCCACAUAUUAAAUUCUAAAAAAAAUUUUUGUAAGUAUCCAUAGGACCCACACCUAGCACACCUUGUCUUUUUGUUGCUUUGGGUGGUGUGCCACAUCAUUAUUUGAACUGCAUACAGAACAAACCAUAGACCUGGUGCCUCAUUAAGUCCCACCUUUUAUGACUUGUUGUCUUUCUACUUGGAAAAAUACACUAGAUUGACCUUAAACCUCAAAAAUGAUUCAACUUCCUCUCUGGAGAGUUCUACCAAAGGAUAUGAAAGAGAGAUGAUGGUGUCCAGAGGCCAAAUGCUUACCAGCUAAUUCAAGCCAGAGCACUGGGGUUUAUUGAGUUUAGUGAUGAGGCAUCACACGUGUUUUCAGGUCCUAUGGACGCAGAUCUGCAUCUCAUUACUCCCCAACAAGGAGGAGCAGAUCAUGUUGUCAUUGCUUUGCCGCCUUACUCUAUCUUUGAACUCUCCAUAGUUAGAUUUUCUUUUUUUCAUCAUGUCUAACUGAUGUAGCGGGACAAAGGGAAAAGGAAGGAUUUGUUAUGUAAGACAUAACUGAGUUGCACUGUUCUGCCGAUGUGUUACAGGAAAAAGCAGGAUACACCAAAUAUCAGUUUGCCUGUGGCAUCGGUGCUAAAAGACACGAGGCCUCUUUCCUGACAUUUUCCCCUGAGUUUUGCUGUGGUAAUGAUAAUGAUUAAUGAAAGCAUUAAGAUGGAGACGUAGGAUGAAUCCCAGCGUCAGUGACUGCUAAUAGUGGAGGAGCAGGGACAGAAGGUUGCAUGCACACCUGUGAGUGCCAGGAAUACCAAAGCGGAAAUUUGUCACUACCAUUUUGUUUACAUUGUCUUUGGGGAAAAAAAAAAAAAAAAAAAAAAAAUGCUCCCUGAUCAUAUCUACACUGACUUGCUGUCUUAUCAGUGUCGUUUUUAUUUUACUUUAACCUCAUUGUUUUUUGUUCUCUGUGCUUUUGUAGACCUUUCCUAACAUUCUGUGCUGUGUUGUAUACAGAGUUGUGCCAGAAUUACUGUUUGUAUUUUUUGGUAAUGUUCAACAUCUCGGUGUAAUAUUACCACACUCUGAGCUCUCUGUGGGGGGAAAAAACUGAGCAAGAAGAGGGUUAACAGUCAUGUACGUGUUAAUACAGUGGAAACAUCACUCCCUCUUACCACAACUGGCCACAUGCUGGGUUUUACGAUCAGUUACAGAAGACUGAAGUGGAGUAGCUUGUGCUCACGGCUCUGUGGAAUGAGCUGAAUGGUCGAAACGGCAGUAGACACAGCUCUGAUCCAAUGCUUCUCCCUGCUGGUCAAACUGCUUAUUGCAUGUGCGUUAGCUGGAAUCAGAGCUGUAAUGCUGUCGCCCAGGUCACGGGAAGACUUUUUUUUUUUCUAUCAAAACAUUUUUGUAUCCACACUGGAGAAUAUUCCCUCAUCUCCAGGUUCAGAUUUAAAACUGCUUUAGUUUUACUGCUAAAUUUACAAAGAAGGUUGAGCAAAGUCCCGAAGAGCACUUGACCUCUUACCGGUGCUUCUGGAUUUAGUUCAGCAGUGAUCUUCAGAGUUUUCUCCCUGGCAUCACUUUUAAGUAGAACUUGGCCUUGUGACCAUCCAGUACUUAUACAAGAUGCAUUCUUCUAACAAAUAUCAGUAACCAUUUGAUGCAUUUUAAGUGUUAAGCUAAAUGGUGGUGCUGCCCCUGCUGCUCUAGCAAGACACAUUUUGUCGUUACACAUUUACCAAAAGUUUGUAAUUGUAUGCAUUAUGUGCCUGUUUCCAGUUGAAUGUUACAAAAAUGUCUUUUGAACCAUUUUCUCAUUGUCAGAUUCACGUUUUGCAAUGUCUGUUAAGCGUCCUUCUCAUCAUUUCAUAUCAACUUCUCUACUUUCUGUCCUUUUUUUCCACAUUUACUGAUCUGUCUGACCUUUGCACUCAGGAAAAUGUUACGACACCAGCAGCAUUGUUUGAUUUAAAGCAGGAUUAACUCUGCUUGCCUCUGCCUUCUGUUGUCUUUGUUUCCAUGGCAUUUGUUUUGUUUAUGAUGUUUUGUUAAUAUGUUUUGCGAAAUAUAGGUGGUUAGCCAUGAUAUAAUAGAUUAUUUUUGUUAAUCAAGACUCUAUAAAGCUUAAAAAUAAACAUUCCUGUAUAGUAAGCUUGACAGAAUACUAAUGCUGCUCGCGCCAACAUGGUUAAAUAUCUGCAAGAAUCUCACUCAUGCAAUCAGUAAAUGAUUGGUCAAAGCAUUCUGUCAAACUAGCAGCUGUUUCUCAAUACUUCUCUGUUGAAAUGCAAAAUGCUCCCUAUGUGCCUUAUAUAUUAUUUUGAUAAUGAAAACCAAAGAGGUUUAGGUUGUAAAUCAAUUUUGAUAAAAAGUUAUAUGAUUGUGUGAGUGUGCGUGUGUGUAUAUAUAUUACAUAUUAUAUAUAUAUAUAUAUAUAUAUAUACGCUGUUGAAUA